UGAAAGAAUUUUCCUUGACCAAACCAAGUGGCGAUAUUUUUGGAUUUUGUGUUGUUGGCAAAUAUUGUUUUCCGCAAAGAUUUGGUUUUCUAAUGAGCCUACUGAAGAAGCAAGUUGAAAAACAAAAAGCCCGCCUUCAGCCUUCACUCUCUUCCUUUUCGGCUCCUCCUCCAACCAAUCUCCCUCGUCGUCCAUUUCAGGCUAAACUCAUUUUCUUCUUCUCCUUCUCUAUCUUUCCCGCGCCAUUACGCCCCCUUCUAAUUUUAGUAAUGGAAACCGAGGAGUGCCAACGAGUGCUUCCAUUUCAGCUUCAGUUCGACAAACCAGUCACAUCUCAGAUUAAAAUCGCAGAGUGGAACCCCGAGAAAGAUUUGCUGGCUAUGGUCACAGAGGACUCCAAGAUUUUGCUGCACCGUUUUAAUUGGCAGAGACUCUGGACAAUCGCUCCUGGAAGGUCUAUAACAUCCUUAUGUUGGCGUCCCGAUGGUAAAGCCAUAGCUGUUGGACUUGAGGAUGGAACAGUUUCAUUGCAUGAUGUUGAAAAUGGGAAGUUGUUGCGAAGCUUAAAAUCCCAUACUGUUGCUGUUGUUUGUCUAAACUGGGAGGAGGAUGGGCAGCAUAUUGGAGAUGACUCUGGUGGUAUAUCUACCUAUGAAGAUCGUACUUCUCGUUUCUUUCCGCCAGCUCCAAGGGUUCCUCGGAUGCCAGGUCUGGUAGCUGGAGAUACCAGCUUCAUGGAUGAAACUGAGGAUUCAUUCCAAGAGCUGUCAAAUUCUUCACAACAACGUUUCAACAUCCUUUGCAGUGGAGACAAAGAUGGAAUAAUUUGUUUUAGCAUAUUUGGCAUUUUUCCAAUAGGCAAAAUUAACAUACAUAAGUGUUGUAUUUCUCCUCCAUCAAUUGAUAAGCAAGAGUGCCAACUUUUGGAUGCUUCCAUUUCCAAGGUUGCUUUGUCAAAAGAUCUUUGCCGCUUGAUAGUCAUCUGCUCAGGAGAAUUAAUUAAGGAUGGGGUACAAUCAGAAAACAGACAGAUGUCUGGACAUGGUUUGCAUGGAUUGCAUUGCCUAGUGCUCGAUACUUCUAUAUUUUGGAAGAGGAAAAAUGAGCUCCAUCUAGUGGCUCAGCAAGCUUCUAACAUUGAGGAAUUGACUGAGGUUAUCCGGGCAUCGCUAUCUGUCAUGUCUAAGCAGUGGUCUGAUGCUAUGAACACUUUUCACGAAAAGUUUGAUUCUCUGUCUAAUCUUAUUAUUGAUCAUGGGCUUGAUUCCUCUCCCCAAGAGGAGUUUUUGAGCCUUUUAGGUGGUGCGCGAACGAGUCCUCCAGUUCAUCAAUUUUUAGUUAACUCUCUUGGAGAAGUGGGUGUGAAGCGUGUGUCAAAGGUUGUCUGUGGUGCUGGAAAAGAACUUCAACAUAUUGUCCUAAAUCAUUUCCAGCCUGCUGCAGAAAUUAUUGGAUUCAGGAUGGGAGAAUUGAGAGGUCUUUCUAGGUGGCGGACACGCUAUCAGGGUAUUGGCUUGGAUGAGACUCUCAUUAGUAAUGCAACAGAAAAUGCUGGAAUGAUAAUUGUACAAGUUGAAUGGUUUAUGAGGCUGCUUUCAUCUGUGGUGCAGCAGUUUUCAAAUUUCUUCAACUGGCUUUUGAAAUGUAUAAAGCUACUAAUGUCUGAACCUAGUGAUCAGCUUCUACCAUACAACAGUGAACUUGUUAUUAUAUUCUUGAAGUUUCUUUAUGAUCGAGAUCCUGUUAGGCAGUUGCUGGAAGCAUCAGAUGCGGAUGACACUAUUGAAAUUGAUUUGGAGACAAUGCAGAGAGUUAAAGAACUAGUUCAGUUUGGUGGGUUUUCAGAUUGUGAAUAUCUGCAAAGAACAUUGGCUAAAGAAUUUCAACAAAUGGAAUCUAGUUUCAAGGAGGCUUUUCUCAUGCCCUUUACUUCAAUUUCAAGAAAGAUACUUUGUGAGGAUUUGUUUCCACUCUUCCCUCUUCCACCUUCGUGGGGGUCCGUGUUAGUUCCUAUGUCUGUAUCAUACUACGAGGAUUCCUCUCUAUCUUGUCAGCAGACUUGUCAAAGAAGGUUUAUUGAUUACAUAUCUUUCCAAAUACCAGACGACUCUUUUUCAAAUAUUGCAAACUGUAUAGGAAUAGUAAGAGGGUUUACACAUGAUUUGAGCUCUGUGAAGAAGGGCUGUAGUUCACUUGAAGCUGUAUUAUUAAGUGUCCCUGAGGGUUAUCAAUGUGUGGAUCUGUCCUUAUAUAAGGAGAGUCAGAUAGUCUUGUUAUUAAAUGAAACAAAUACCAAUUCUGAAAGCUCUGGAGAUGCCUGCAUGCUGAUUGUGCAAGCAAAGGACCUUCCAUUCGUAUCUAUCUCACAAUCCACUUGUCCAAACUUUUGGAAGUUGCUUCAGUUAAAGGACUAUCUUGCUUACCUGCAAAUGGAGAAUGAGAAAGUUCGCAGCAUACCUCACUCUGUAAUAGCUCCUUUGGCAGUUAGCUCAUCGAGAGGUGUGGCUUGUGUUUUCGCUGCAAGAAAGCGUGCGUUGGUCUACAUUCUGGAGGAAGAUGAGGAUGAAGUCUCAGAUGCAGAAUAACUGGCGGUCAUGUAUAUUUAUUUUCCUUCAAAAAUUUUUGGUGAGUUUUACAUUAUUUUGAUAUUGAAACCAAAUAUGUUAUAUGGGUUUAAUUACUUUUCUUUUUUUUAUUAUUUUUUUUCUCAGCAUGUAUUUGCAUUUUGUACCAACACUUCAAAUGUAAAUAAUAAAAACUACAGGUACCGAGUUGUUCAGCAA